AUGUGCUUUGGAACGAGCGGCCGCAAGUACUACUACCACGAGGAGGUGGUCCCCAACAGACACCACCACCACCACCACGGCCAUCACCACCACGGGCACCACCAUCACCACCAUGGCCACUCCCCGCGCGCAAGCUACACGAGCGUGAGGCGGUCCUACGUCGCCAGCAGCCCGCGGGUCAGCUACGUAGAGCCCGUGGUCUACGAGCGGACCAGCCGCACAUACCGAUGA